UGCACUAUACGUCUAGGUAUGCAAGAAGUUGUCGUUAAUAAUAAAUAUCUAUGGAAUUAUUCGUGUUUUAAGCAAUAUUAAUCUUGAAGCAURUACAUUUUAAAAACKCUAUUCUAUUAGUCUUUUGGCUAUUAUAUGAUUGAUGAAUAUMAAAAAAAAACAAUGGACGGCAGUACUGAAGUAAUCUUUUUAGAUGACUGUUGCUACACAGAUCUGAUAAAAAAAUUGAACGAYAUAAAACAAAUCGUUAGCGAUUCGAACUAUGAAGGAAGUAAAGAGUUAUCUGUACAUACAUUGUUGCAGGGUUGCAUUGAAAUACUGAACAAUGGGAAAAACUCUUUGGAGUGUAUCCAGGAUGAAUCUUGUGAAUCAAGCAGGAUAGUUAGUGGAUUCUUAUCGUAYGAAAAAGGUGUAAUUGCUUCAUUUAARCAUUGUUCGGAAAGCAAUCUGAUUUAUGGCAGUUUUAUUAUGAAUGUAAAGGAAUUGCUUACUGAAUUAUUCAAAAAAGCGUCUGAAAUACAAAUAUUAUUUUUCAGUAUCUUAGAAAAAGUGAAAUUUGAUUUUUUGUUGAAUGAAGACUUAAGCUUAUUGCAAAAAGUAUUACAGAACAUUUGGUAUGGUGCUGAAUCAGUAUAUAAUGCGAGUAACAAAAUUAUGGCUACUCAUUGGAAAGCAUAUAUUACUAUGUUAAAAAAGUAUGCUACGGAGUUAAAAGAUUAUAUCAUUAAUGAUGAACAAAUUGAUUUUCUAUGCUCUGAAAUUAAGAAAAUAAUCUCAUCUGUCCACUACAAUGAUGAAGCCUCAUUGAAAUUAUCAACAUAUAUGAUGAGUGUUUUAGUUAAGCUUUGCUCAUAUGGCCGUGUAUCAAAAUCUCAUAACAUAUUAUUAGAGUUUAUUUUAUUCUUAAAUGGCUACUGGUUAUCUGAUACACAAGAUGCUGUUGCUGUCAAAGAUAGAUUAUCUCAAUUUGCUGAUCAGUUAGUGUUGUUAUUAGAUGAUACGUUUGUGGAGACAUUUCAAUCUAGCUGUCAAGAAAUAAUUAAUAGCAACUCUUCAAGUCRAAAGAUGUCUGCUAUGUACAUUGCAAUGUUGCUGUUAAAACGUUUAACAAAAACUUUCUGUGAUCAACAAGCUCAUCAGAUUAUUUACACGGUUUUUAAUUUGAUUAGAUCUACAGACUCUAUAAUAUGUUGUUACAAUUUAGAUAUCUACGAAGAUCUACUGAUUAAUUUAGCGUCAGUAAUACUAGUGUCUGAUUACAGUUUGUUUGAAAAUGUUGAAAAAAUAUUAAUUCGAAAUAUUCUCAAUACUGAAUAUUGGCCAGCCAUGUUUAGUUCUGAUCUAUGGAUAAUUAUUAUGAGAUAUUUGUCACCAGAUUUAUGUAACUUGCAAUUUUCAAAAUUAGCUAGACUUUUUGAAGCAUUAAUUGUUUUUCCGAGUUUUACUCAAUGUCCACAGCAUAUUUAUCUUGAAAUGUUGUUGAAAAGACAUUUCUUUUUAAUAGCAAAUAAAAAUCAAUUAGUAAACUGUUGUCCUCAACUAAAAUUACAAAGUCUGAAAUCUACUAUUGGAAUACUUCACGUUCCAACACUUUCAAAAUAUAAUAAAUUAUCAGAAAUGAUAAAGAUCAUAAGUGUAUUACCAGAGCAAACAAAUUAUGAACACUUAAAUGAAGAUAUAAUAUAUUUAUGGAGUUGUAUCAAUGAUGAAUACCCUCCAGAAUUYUUAUGUGCAUUAGUUGAAGUCAGUAUUGGUUCCGAAAAAUUACUAAAAACAAUUAUUCCAAAGACUACUAAAAUAUUGAGUAGCUGUGCUUAUGAUGAUACAACAGAAAUGAAGCGAUGUAGACUACGGUUAAUUCGAUCAAUAUUAUUACACCUUCCAAGCUUUCAAGAAAAACUAAUAAUGGAUAUUUUCCUUCAGUACUUGUUUGAUAAUCAUCCAUUAGUAAAACAAUGGGCUAUUGAAACUAUAGUGUAUUUUUCCAGUGUUACUGAAAGUCAAAAUAGCUUAAUUUCUGUGCUCUUUAAACAGCCUAAAGUUAGAAUUAUUAUAAAAGAUUAUUUGGAAAUGAAAAUUGACCAAACCUUUAGUCAUAAUGAUUUGAUACAAUAUUUUGAACAAUUAUCCCUUAGUGGAAAAUUUCAACACUUGUGUUCAUUUAAUGGUAAAUUAGGUAAAGCAUUGGAUACAUUGAAAAUAGAUAUUGAUUGUUUGAAUAAUAUUGUAAGUAAAACUCAAAUAACAGCAGAUGAGUUGGAAAGAUUAAAAGAAUAUUCAUAUCUUUUAAAUAAUAUUUAUGAGGCAAUGAAAUAGUAUGUUAACAAUUUUUAAUUUUUGAGCAGAAUGCUAAC